AUGGUACAAGCAAUUCUACUUUGCAUGAAUGCAUCUCAAUAAACUUUUCAAUAAGAAGGCAUCACCAUAUUCAUGUUUCAUUUAUAUUAACCUGCAAUAAAUGUGACUGUGCACCAUGCUACUAUAAACAUUAAAUGACCUAUUGGAGAAAAUAAAUUAAGAUACAGGCACUGGUUACAUCAUGGAUUAAUGAGUUGUAAUAUUACAGUUGCUAGUGUCUUAAAUUGAUGUUAAAAUACAAUUUAUCCUUAUUUUUUCUGAUAAACAAAUAUAUGUUGAUCACAUCUUUAAUUUUUUUCUUAUAGUAUGUGUUGUAGCCUAGACGUAUUUAACUGAUGAUGAAUUCAUUCUAAAUAACUCCAAGAUACACAUUCCCCCUUCAUAAAUAAAUAAAUAAAUAAACUUCAAUAAUAAAAAUUAAGAAAAGAGAAAAGAACAAAACAAUUACAGUUUAUUCAUAAUAAAAGAUUAGGAUGCCUUUGAAAUGACACAUGCAAAACAUAAUUUUUUGCACAUUGUGGAGAGUGUGGAUGAAAAAAAAUCAGAUAACACAGCACUUGUAAUUCGAUUAUACUUGAUGAGUGAUCACCCUUGUUACUACAUAAUUCCAAUGUGUUAUGCUCACCACAAUGAUCACUUUAUACCACAAUGUGGCAAGAAUUAGAGAGGCUUUAAAGGAGAAUUAAAUCAUUUUCAGUGAACUUCCACUCAUCUCUGUCAAUAUGUGGUUGCACAAAUGCUAACGUAUUGCAACGCUACACACAUCCAAUUCAAUAUGCACACAUCAUGCCAGAAAAAAUGUCUUUCACUAACAGUGUGACAGAUAAUGGUUGACUGUAAGAAGCACAUGAAGUAAUUGACAAAACAAUAAGAUAGCAUGAAACAUUGCAGAAAAGGGACAGAAAAAAAACUAAUCUUUAAAAUAAAUCUUAUCUCUUCUAUUUUGAAUGUAUUCUUUUUUUUCAAUGAUCCAGCUACUGAACUACAGAGUAGUAAUGACAAAAUUCUUGUAAAGUCUACAUAAAAAGUAAAAUAUUAUUUCAGAGAAUCACUCGGAAUGUUUUUUUUUUCAUCAUAAAGCACAAUAUAAAUUCAGAAAAAAUACAAUCCUUGUCCACUUAUUUUAGAUGUUGUCAAUGAAUACUACAAUGACGAAAUGAAAUGAUGAUAACAAAUGAUUUUCAUCUCUUGACUAUCCUUAUCAUAUUGUUUAUAUUUCUAUUUUCUAUGUUUUGGGUUUAUGCCAAAUGAAAUACUGAAAAUAGUAAUCAAUCUUGUUUGUUAAAGUUUGUUUCUAGUUCAAUAUCUUUAAGAAGGAAAAGCAUAGGAUUUCCUGAGAAUUACUAUAUCAAUUCCAUCAAUGUAGUCAGAGGGAGAUAGGAGCAAUCAGGUCAACAAUCCUAAUUAUCUUAUUAACAAGGAAUGGGAAUGAACUAGUCAAUUUAGUCAAUUAUCAUUGUAUAAUUAAGAGUAAGAAUGGAAAAACCUUAAUUAAAUAAAUGACUGAUUACAUUAACUCUGGGAGAUAAACUGCAGGUGCAUAAUUAGGAAUACAUUUAAAUACGCCUUCAGUGUUCAUAUUUGCCAAUCAUAACUCUUUUUCCUAUAAAUUUUUCUCCAAAUUUUAUGUCUCAUAUAGAUAUUGAUAUUGAAGUGGAAAUAAAGGUUUAGAUAUUACAAUUAUAUAAAGAAAAAUAUAUCCAGGCCUCUACAUUUUUUUUCAUCAGUGAUGAAAAAAUUUGCUUUGCCGAUAGAAAAUACUGCUUGGCCAAUUUGUUUUAUUAUUUUCUUUGUUUUUUCAUUAUUUUUUUAAUGACAUUACUACUCUUAUUUCUAAAGGUCAUACAAAAUAACAAUUGAGAAUCCUGUACAGUAAAGAACACCCAUUAAGGACGUUCCACAGUUAUGUUUGUGCGCAUUAUGGUCUGCGCAUAGUUUACACUCUGCGCGCUGACGUCACAAUGGAUGAACAGGUGAUUGAUUAGCUGCGGGUAUGAGCUGAUUUUUCUCAUCUUCUACACUUUAACUGCAGAACCGAUGCGUUAUUUCAUGAAGCUAAAAAAUUUAAUUAUUCUAUGGACCAUUAAAAAAAAAUUGUCUACAAUUUCAAAAUACUUUACUUUGCAGUGCUGCCAAGAAUCACGAAUAUUACCCCGAGUUUGAAUAAAUGGUAGAGUGGUUUUGAUUUUUUCUUCACAUAGAUACUAAGCAUUCGGCGCAUUUUUGGUGUUUUAAAAAGCACAUUUGCUCUAAUAAAAAUGCUAAUAGUUUAAAAACAAGCACAUGAACCCCUAUUUUUUAAUGUUUGUACCUCUUGGGUAUACCUUUCUCUACAACUCUGCAAAUUUUAGUGAAAAUGACAUGGAUUUUGAAUAAAGUGCAGCAUUUAUUGUACGUUUGUAGUUUGUUACUGAAAUUUUUACAUUUUUUAGAUUGGGAUUUUGUUAUCUUUUACGCCAUUUGUAAGAACUGACAGUGCUGUUAAACUUAAAAUUGCAAACAAAUAGCAAUAUAAAUAGAUUCUCCAUUCUAACGAUACAAUUAUUAACUCUCUUGCGAAAUUUGAUGACUUUUUCAUGUAUUUUGACUGAGUAAUAGAGGUUAAAACUCAUUGUAGUAAUCUUGGGCGGUCUAAAAAUGCCAAAUUCUUUUGAAUGCGCAAUUCUUAAGAACAUCGAUUUGGGUGAACUUUGAAGCUCUAUAACAAAAAAUCAAGCACAUGGACCUAUGUUAAUUUUUGCAUAUUUCGAAUAUUAAGGUUAUAAAGUAUGCGCAAAGUUUGGUGAAAAUGACAUGGAUUUCACUUUAACUGCGGAACGUCCUUAAAAAGUUUAUUUUCAGCAAAGUAGGCCCAAGUCAUUACGUUUAUUUUGAUUUUUUUUUUGCAAUUUAUAAAUGGGUGUUUAAGGUUAAAAAAAACCUUCACCGAAAGUUGUGAAAAUUUCAUAUUCUGCAUCUUUAAAUCCAUGAAAUUGUCAUUUGUAACCCAUAUUUCGUUGGAAUUGUUUUGAUUUAUUUGGAAACUAUCAAGAAAAUGAAGAAUAUUCAGCUCUUUCUUGACUCUGAAAAAGAUCAUUUUAUGAUGUUAAAAAAAAAAAAAUCAAAACAACAAAAAAAAACCUUCAGUGAAGGGUAAACUAAAUUAAGCAUCAAGGCUUCACCAAAAGUGGAGUGGCUAAAAUUUCACAUUUUGCAUCUUUAAAUCCAUGAAAUGGCAAUUUAUUUUCCAUAUUUGUUUUGAUUUAGUUGGAAACUAUUAAGAAUAUUUACCUCUCUCGUCUUUUCUUCAUCGUUUUACGAUGUUACACUCGGUCAAUAUUUUUUCAUUGUAGUCCCACAUGUAGACUUUCAUGGUGUUGCAACACUCACUGACAACGAUUGUUGAUCGUUUUACACUUGGGCAACACCAUGGAAGUCUACAUGUGGGACUACAAUAAUAAAAAACAUUUACCGAGUGUAACAUCAUCUUAAAUCAGAGUUGAGAAAGAGCUGAAUAUUCUUAAUUUUUUGGUACUUUCCAACUAAAUCAAAACAAUUUCAAGGUAAUAUGGAAAAUAGAUGGCCAUUUCAUGGAUUUGAAAGUGCAAAAUGUGAAAUUUUAGCCACUGUUAGUGUUUUUUUUUUUCAAUUGGCGAAUUGCGCAAGAUAGUAGCGCAUGCGCACAUAGAAUGUAAGAUGAAGUACUUUCCUUUCCCAAUAGCUGUUUUCACAAACAAAAAAUUAUAAUUACUGGUAUGAAAUGAAAAUAUGAUUUUGAUCAUGAGUACUCAAGUUUCGUCUUAUCUUAAAAGCUUGGUGAACAGGUGAAAAUCCAUAGGGGUCUUUCACAAAUAGUUAAGUGUGACUUAGUUAUGCUUAAAUGCCAAAGGGUACAUGAUAUGUAAUAACACACAAUCCUAUUGAUUAAUAUGCAGUAGCCCGCAUCCUCUUAGCAUGAUUUGGCCAAUGCAGUGAUGUUUUUUAUGCUGCAAGCAUGUAGGUCCAUGCUGCAACAUCUGAGAGUUUAAGUACGACUCUAAGUCAUACUUAACUCUUUGUGAAACACACCGAGGUAUGGUAUUAGCUAUAAGAUUAGUCUCAAACUUGGAUUUUAUGCAUUUAAACAAUAAUAUGUUUGAAAUGCAUACAAAAUCAACUUUGGGUCUAAAUUUCAUCCCUUAUUUUUCAUGAAAUUUUUUUAAAAGUGACAUAAUUAUGUAACGCUCAACUUAGAGGCGUCUAAUUUCUCCGAUUCUUCAUGGUUUUGUGACAACACAUCAACAUGAUUUUCCAUCUCGUUUCUAUAGAGUUUAUAUUCUAUUUUUUCUGGAUGAUUGUGAGUGCUUAUCAGCUGACAAAUAGCCUCAGGAAAGGUCAUUCCAAUUCUCUUCACGCUCUCCUUUUCUUUCCGGUCAGGAAAAAAAGCACUUAUACUUGGUCUUAAUUUAGCCUUCCAAAUGUACUUCUUAUUUGGCAAUGUUGUCUCAAGGCUCUGAAUGCUCAGCUGCCUUGUCAUUGACAUACUUAUGGGGAUAUUUCAAGUUUUCUGCUAAGAAUGAAUCCAUAUUUUGUGUGCCAACAAUUGCUCAUAUAGAAAUUCUGUAUAUAAUGUCAAAAAUAAAACACAAUACUAUUCCUAAUCAUUAUUUCCCAGUUGUUUUAAACCGAACCCUGACGUGCAACUAUCUUUCUUAUUUACAUCUGGUUUCAUGAAACUUUCAGUGUUAUUUCUAUUUAAUUUCACUUCUAUUUAUUCACAUCAACUUUAUGAUGGAGUGGACUUGACCUUUAAGAAAGGAGCAAUUGCCAUAAAAUCAAAUGUUCAGUCAAGGUGCAUAAUAUAAUAUGCAUUCAUACUGGAUUUCAAAUUUGACGCAGACUGCUAAGGAGUGGCCAUCCUGCAAACAAAAAAAAGACAUCAAACAUGCAACAAAGACAUGCAAACAUGUUUGACAAAUGAAUUAAAACUAUAAAAUAUUAUAAUGAAGUAACAGUUGAUUCAAUAAACAAUAUGAACUUUACUAACUUUUAAGAUGAAAUGAAAUGACGCUGGAUAAGUAUCAAUCAGAAUAAACUGGAUUUUAGUGAGAUAAUGAUUUCAGCUCCAUGGCUUUAAGGACGAGAACGGCAAAUCUUGGCCUCCACAUCCUGCUUAUGAAUGUCUCUAUAGGCCUCUAACUUAAGUUUUUUUAAUUUCUUAUAUGGUUUGACUUUGAGUGUCAGUAAAUGUAGUGAGUCAUAAUGCAGUAUCCCUCACAUCAGGAACUAUGACUAUUUAACUUAUAGUGAUGGGCCCUUAGCCACAGCAGGUGAUACAAUUCUUAAUAUAAAGUACUGCUAUAAUUUGAUAAAACUAUGUAAUUUGAUUGGCCAAGAGUAAAUUUUAAUGCAUAUUUCUAGAAUUUGAUAAAUGAUAAUUUCCAUAAAGGAGAGUCCAGUUCAAGAUACAAUUCAUGGGCAACAAAAAGUUUAAGAAAUGUUGCAGCAAUAUUUUUGGCCACUAAUAUAAUCUAAAUGUGAUGAAAUACAUUAUGUUGAAAUCAAAUUUAUUCUCAUGCACACUGCAGAAAAGCAUAUUUUCAAGUUCUUAAGCAAAAAUGAAAUAUUGAAUAAAACCCCCAAAAUUAGUACCACAAAACAAAUAAUACCCAUUUUUAUAUUAGAUAAAGCAGAAAUGAUUCAUUUUCAUUCAUUAUUUUUAUUUUUCUUUAUUUGUUUACAGAAACUUGGCUAGUGAAGAGAAAUAGUCAUCAAGCCAUGAAGAAUGAAAACCGUCAUUGACAGCACAACUUCACAUAUAUAGAGAGUGGAUGUGAGAUCAGUACAGCAUAUGAGGACUUAUCAGUUAUGAUCUAUGUGAAUACACCAUGAAUAGGAUCAGUUUGAAUAUUCUGCUUGCAGCUGGUAUCAUCACUAGUCUUCUGAGCUGUGUCCUCUGCCAGGGCUGGAGACCAGCUUGUCCAAAGCCAUGUCGCUGUUCAUUAGAUCGUAGCCCUCAACAGACUUAUAGCCUUGGACCAGGAGCUUACAAGCAGGUCGACUGUCGCUAUGGAAACCUAUUCAAUAUACCCCCAAACCUUCCACCAGAUACUCAAGUGUUACUUCUCUCCAACAAUUUUAUAAAUGUGAUUACUCCCCUUGAGUUGGAGCAGGUUCCCCACCUGAAAAAGCUGGACCUGUCCCACAAUUACAUCACAGAUAUUGCACCAGAGACUUUCAAAUUCAAUGCAGAUUUAAAGAUGUUAAAUCUUGGAUGGAACCAGAUUGUUGUGAUAGCUAACAGUGCAUUUGAUGGAUUAAGCGCCCUCUCUAGACUUUUGCUGUCAUCUAACCAGCUUGUUGAUGUUCCAAAUGCUAUACAGAAUUUAAUAUCUUUAGUAUUAUUGGAGCUUUCUCGCAACCAGAUUGUGACAGUAAAUCAGAAUUCAUUUGCAGGUCUCGGACAAUUGCAAUUCUUAAAUCUUCGAAGCAACCAACUAGAAACUGUUGCUCCACUCACUUUUAAUGACUUAAGAUCACUAGUCAAUCUUCAUCUGACAGCAAACAAAUUGAAGGUCUUGCCUGCCAAUGUGUUCAGAAACUUGAACAACUUGGCUGACAUUUCACUCGGUAUGAAUGACCUUGAGCAGAUUCCUCCAUACAUCUUCUAUGGAUUAAGAUCUGUGAGACAUAUUGACCUUCAUAACAACAAGCUAACUCAUCUUCCAUCCACUCUUUUUCAAGGAAUGGCAGCACUGCAGGAGAUUGACCUUAAUGGAAACAAUAUUUUAAGAGUUCCUCCAACCCUUUUCAGAGGCCUUGUAAAUCUCCGUUCAAUUGAAUUCACUGGCAAUGAUCUCCUUGAACCCUUACCUGUAAGUCUAUUAUAUGGUCUUCAAUCUCUCCAAAGUGUCGAACUCCACCUGGUGCAGAAUAUUCCAACAGCAAUGUUCAGGUCUGUACCGCAACUCACCAUUUUAGAAAUUACAGAAAGCGAUAUACCCGUCCUGCCAUAUCAAAUAUUUCAAAACUUGCCAAAUUUACAGACUCUUAUUCUUCGAGAUAAUGGCAUAGGAAUUAUUCCAUCAGGUACGCUAAAUGGACUAACAAGUCUAAGAAGUUUAGAUCUGUCACUAAAUGCACUUACAUCCCUAAAUGAAACAACAUUUGGUGCCAUGUACUCUAUUAGAGAACUAUUCUUACAGGAUAACCUGAUCACUUCUGUCUCGCGUGGAGCAUUCAGUAGUAUGACACAGCUGCAGACCCUGAGGCUUGAUGUUAACAUUUUAAGAGAGUUGCGCGCUGAUGCAAUGCCUGAGAAUGCUGCACUCAAGACACUGCAGUUAGCUGAUAACCCAUUGGAGCGUGUUGAUGGUGCAAUGUUUUCAAGACUCCCCAAUCUAGCUCAUAUGACCAUGGAUAGCAGAAGAUUAAUCUGUGAUUGUCACAUGUCAGAAUUUGCUAAAUGGAUGCAGAGGAAUCAAAACACAAUUGAUACAACUAGUGAGCUUGUUUGUGGAACACCAUCUGGAUUCAGGAACAGACCUCUAUUGAAUCUCAUCUCAAAUCCUCGAAAUCCAUUUCGGUGUGCAUAUCCAGCUAUUACCACAUUGCCCAAGACACAACAUAAAGCAGUGUCAACUGGAGCUACAUUCACUCUCCCAUGUAAAUUAACUGCCCAGGCAGCUGCAAGGACAAGGUGGCAACUCCCAAAUCGUCCAGGUAUCUCAGUUCCAUCUUACCGACAGGAGGCCACUUAUGAUCCUAUUGGUCAUUUGAAAGUCAAUGGUGAUGGCUCUCUAGUGGUAUACAAUGCAAGUGCUGAAGACAGUGGGUUGUAUCACUGCAACACCAGGAAUUCUAUGGGCUCUGACAAUAUUACUUACGCUGUCGCCGUUCUUGCACCAAAUGCUCCAACAGCACCCGGUAUUCUCCCAAAGAUUCCUCCUGUAGAAUCUACAGCACAAGGAAAUACAACAUUCUCAAUUCCAAAGCCACAACAACCCACUCGUGGCAUGCCACCUACUAGGAGAACCCAUAUUGGACCAGUUCAACCAACAAUUACCUCUCAAAGAAAUGAUACUGCAAAUGUUCAUCCUCCAUUUGGGGCAACUGUUAAGGCAAUGGGUCCAGGUCAAGGAGCUCAAAAAACAACCCUGCACCCACUGACUGUCAAUUCAAAAACAGGAGAGCCUAAAAUGGCUGACAGAACAUUGGUCCCAACCUUUGCAUCUUGGACAACAAGAAGUCCAGGACAAAAAGUCCCAUGGGGAACUGCAAUGCCUCCACUGUUUGAAGGGUCCACAGAUACACCUUUAGGAACGAUUGUCCCAAACUUGAAAUGUUUCCCAAAUCCCUGUCAAAAUGGAGGUACAUGCAAUAUGGUACCAAAUGAAAGUAUUGAGUCAGAAAGUGAAAACUUGAGCUCUGAAAAGUCAUUGUUUGCUGUCUUCAAUGAUGCAUUCCGAUCAAGAAAGCCUAGAUCUGCAGAAAAUGCAAUGAAAAAAGCAUUAGCUCCAAGCAGACAAAUCCGCUGCUCAUGUCUGAAAAAGUAUGGAGGGCCCUUAUGCCAAAUCCUUAAGCCGGGUAACCCUACCAAAGUAGCCGUUGUGGAAUCUACCAAUGAUGUGAUUACUCUCAGUUGGUCACAAGCUGUCAAGGGUGAAGUUGCUGGUUACAGGGUAUUCUACAGCCUCGUUGGGGAUCGCACAGUAGUAAAGAGUAUUCCGAUUCAUCCAGAUGUUAACCUCUUCUCUAUGAACAAGCUCAAAAAGGAUUCCACAUAUCGCAUCUGUGUGAUAGCAUUCAACAAAGGGGGUGAAAGCUCUAUUGGAGAGGAAAAUUGCAUUUGGGCAGAAACAGUUACACAAAACAGGAGCACUAGUCCAAUAUUUAGCACUCAGUUCAUUGCUAUUGCAGCUGGGAUUGUCUCGCUGUUUGCUGUAGCUUUGUUUAGUGCUUAUUGUUAUCUGCGGACAAAGAAAAAGCGAGACAGCUUUGAAGAAGCAGUGGUUGUGCAAAGACCAGCACCGAGGCCAGCAUCAGCAGCUGCAGAAGUGUUUAGAAGAAGCCUUAGGAGGCCAAUGGGUUCAUACUAUUCCAAUAUGGAUGACUUAAUGCUCAUAGACAUGAAUCAACAAACAAACAGGCAAAUGUACAUGAAUCCAUUUGAUGCACGGCAUUCUGCAAUGCUUCAUGACAUGGAGUCCAGAAGACCAACACAGAGUCAAAGUGCUCCGAAAAUUUUUACAAAACCGAAUCAAAGACGAACUCUUCGCAUUCAAGAGGAUACUGUCUUAUGAUAAGCAGACAGAUUUACAGUCCUAUGAGCCUUUUUUCUCAAAAAAGAACAACUUAACUUGUUUUAUGUAUUCAUGCAUUGAUGUUUGUGUCUGUGAAUUACUUGUCAGAUGAUCUAACAUAUUAAUUGUGAGAAGUAAAUUUAUGAUUAAUAGUGUAUAAUUCUUAUAUUCACUAUCAAUUCAUUCACAGAAGUUAAGUACAAAGUACACUGGAAUCCAGUUUGUACUAUCAUUGUUUGUACAGACACUGUUUAAAGCUAAGUUCGACUGCUGGUAUAAAAAUCUUAUUUCGAAAGGAAAUGAUUAUAAUCAAUCCUUCAGAGGUCAUCAUAAGCCAAAAUUCUUUAGAACAAUAAAAUCUCAUUAAAACAACUCAGGCUUGUUUGAAAUUAUAUUCAAUUCACUACAUGGUUUUCUUGGUGUUGCUAACACGGGAAACAACAUGUGGGACAACACUAUAAACUAACGGGCAUUUUUCAAUAAUUUGUUUGAUCUUCAUUUUGCUCGUCAUUCUGAAAUUAUCUAUUAUCAUUUCGCAGAUAUCAUUUAUUUAUUUCAUAUAUAAUUCUGUGUAAAUUUUGUUCAAUUCUGUGAACAUUUUAUUGUCUGUUGUUACCGUUACCAGCACCAGAGUUUACCUUUAAUUUUGAGAGACAUUGAAGUGAGCAUGUUAUCUUUUUUAAAACUUGAUAGACACAUACUACUAUUUAACAAAACAAUUACUUCCAUACACCUUUCCACUGUUCUCAAUACUGUUGACAAUAUUGCUACAAUAUGUCUGCUAAAACAAAGUAUAGUGCUAAAAUGUGUAAUGGUUUAUUGUUAUCAUUAGUGUUACAAGGAUCAAAAAUAAAUUAAAAAAGUGUCAGGGGCAAUAUUUCAUUUAGCCCAUCAUAAAAAGAUUUUUAAAAUCAUUGCAGAUGAUUGGCUGUAAGAAGAUUUGUCAAGAUUUGUGUAAGUGGUUGAUAAUGGUAUCAAGUUUAUGAAACAAGGCCCUAGCAGAUCAAAUAGUGUUAGUCCAAGGUAUUGACAAGAUAUACCAAAUGCACGAUAAAAGACCAAGGGAAUAAAAUUGAUGUAUAAUGUCAAGUAUAACGAGUUUUGAACAUGAUUGCAGCCAUGCCAAAACACAGAUGCCUUAAAAAUAACUUCCCUGACUCAACAUUUGGCUGGGGUGCACAUCCUGCUGAGAGGUGAGUGAAGACUCCCCUGAAACCACAUCUCUCUCAGGGUUUCCCUCAUCUCUUCUUCCUGUGUAUAAAUGGAUCACAACAGAAUUACCUGGGCCCUACAAAUGCUCCCUUGCUUUCCUCUCAGGAAAGAAAUCAAAUCAGAAGGGAGGUUAACUUAUCAAAGGAAAAAGAACAAUGGAAUAAAACAGGUUUAGGAAAAGAAAACUGUAGAAUUGAUUUCAGCUAAUAGCUUCUUCUCUUCUUCCUUAUUAUUUUUCCUUUGCAUUCUCCUCCUUUUUCUUAUGAUGCUCAUUAUUAGCAUUAUCUAUAUACACUUUUAUCCAUCUUCUAUUAUUCAGAACCCACCAGUUCAAAGAUAGGCAAAACCUAUCAAGCAAAUUGCUGAUGCUAAUACUACUACUAUCACUACUACUACUACUACUACUACUGCUGCUGCUGCUGCUACUACUACUUCUACUACCACUACUACUACUACUACUACUACAUGUACUACUACUACUACUUAUACUACUACUUCGACUACUACUACUACUACUAAUAAUAAUAUUAUACUUCUUCUUCCUCUACUACUACUUCUGCUACUUUUACUACUACUUUUACUACUAAUACUACUAAUACUAAUAAAACUACUACUGGUGGCAUUUCCCACGUUUUCGACAGGCAUCGACUUUGCAAGACUUAAAAAAAAAAUUUGAAGUGUCUCUGACAAACUUGAAAAUAUCUAGUUUACAUUAUCUGCUUAUCAAUAAUUAAAUAAUGCAGUUUUUGCUUAAUCAACCUUUAAAUGCUGAAGUGCUUCCUGCAGACACAAAGUGUCCUGAAAAUCCCCAUCAUAUUUUGAAAUUCAAACAAACUCUCUCGUAUUUUAUCUGAUCAAAGAAAUUUUUUAAACAGAAAUACUCGACUUCCUCUACAUAUAUCAAUCUAAAAGACAAUACAAAAUCAUAGGCGACCGAGAGUCUUCAUCUCAAGCUGCAUCAAAUUAAUCCUCUGAUAAUGUUUCAUUCAUUUGAUAGAUAUAACAGAUCUUGGGUAUGGAAAUCAAGUCUAUUCUAAUGAUAUUCUAUGAACUUCCUUAUCAAGAUGUUCCUUGAUCAAUAUGAUUAAUAAUGGGAUAGGAAUUCUUUCACUCUCCAAGGAGUUCAAUUUGACUAAAAAGCAACUCAUGAAUUUCUAUUUAUGAAUGGAACCCUACAUGUUUAUAUAUUCCAUAUAAAGUUGACUGUGUCCCCUUUCAGUGAUUCUUUGUUUCUUGUACGUGCUAAAAUAGUCUGUAUAUAACAGUUAAAUUUGCUUUCAGCCAUUCAUAGCAGACAGCACUUAUGUUUUACACAGACCCUUUCAAAAAAAUCAACCCAAGAGGGAGCGAACUGUCAUGGUAAAAGUAAAUGCCUACAUCUGGCCAACGGAAAGCACUAGCUAAGUUCAGUUAUGCAUGCAUGCUAUUUGGCCAUGCAAAGAAUUUUGGACUGGAUUUUGAUAGCACUGUUCCCAUUCAGUAAUUUUCCAGGCUCCACCUGGUGCUUGUAAAAACAGCAUCAAAUGAGCAUUGAUAUCUUUUUUUGCCCCUACACUUUCAGUUAUUAAAAAUUUUGUGAUUUUGGGCAGGCCAGGUGCAAAGCAAGCAUUGACCAGCAAAUUGCUCAAUGGGGUGUUAGUGUGCAUAGCAAGCAAAGUAUCUUUGAAUAAGUGUUAUACUUUGGAAUAAUGCAAAAUGGCUCAUAUAAAGUGCGAUCCAUCUGAAGAAAUGAGCUAUAACUGCAACAGCCAUACCAGGAAAAGAAGGCACUUGUGUUAGAAAAAGAGCAACACAUAUAACGUGCAAGUUUUUCAUUAUCUUUAUUCGGGAAAAAAGAAGGGAGCAGAGACUAGCUGCUGUAAGUAAAAAAAAGAGUGAUGAUACAUGUCUGUGUCAUUUACAAAUGUUAAACAAACACAAUUAUUUCAAAGCUAAACCUUGAACAACUGUUUGAUUUGGCAAAGUGCCUCAAUGAGGAUUCUAUAUUCUGAAUAUUUUCUUUAAUUUCCAUUAUUCUUAAACAAAAGAGAGAGAAUGGGAGAAUGACUAUGUGUCACAUGCCAUGUAAGGAACAUCAUGUAUAUUUAGACUGCGUUAAUCAAGAGAUGACAUGUCUGGAAACAGUGAACAGGAUGUGUAGGAACUUCAAGAAUUUUUCAAGAAGGGCUUAAGAGUCGAUCAAUGGACAAAUUCAAGGAUACAUAGAUUUUUCAUAUACAUGGUACCAGAAUCAGCAAGAGGGUGAUUUUGUCCAUUAUUUUUAAAAAUGAGAGCUUCUGAAAUGUCCAUGUAUGUUUAUAUGAUGGUAAAUUACUAUUUUCUUCAUAAAGGAAUAUUACAUCAAUUAUCAAAAUUUUCAUACAGAUAUAAAUGAUUUAGAACUGUCUCUUUUUUCAGGUGAAUACUGAAAUUAAAUAUAGAUUUAAAAAAAUGAAUCAUCUUGAAAUAGCUAGGAGUAAUUAAUCUCUUUGGAGUUUAGAUCUCAUGAAAAAUACUAUAUAAGACUAAGUUAAUAUUAUUAUUAAAAUUAGGAAAGUGAAUCCCUCCAAAAGAUUUAUAGUUAUAACAAUGAUAUAUCAUACAAUGUUCUAAGGCGAACAUUUUGUAUGAAAUUGUUUUAACGAAAAAAGCCUACAAUUUAAGACCUAUAUCAUGUGAUAAAGCUUCCUUUCACUUCAUUGUUAAAUUCAAGAAUUACACACAAAAGGCACAAAUUGCAGAUCCUCAUCAAACCUUUAAGAGUGGAAUUCAACAUAUGAGGCCCAUAAGCCAGACUGCCAACAAGAAAUUUCCUUGAAGAUAUUUUUAAAACCUUAGUCCGUCUUGACAUUGGACUUGAUUAAGGGGAUAGUUAUAUGGUGUGUGGGAAAGGGCAAUGAUUUAAAAACCUAUUAAUUGCUUUCAAACUAAAAAAAAUCUUAAAGAUUUAAAAACAUACUGAUUGCUUUUUAAACUAUAAAAUUUCAUAAAUUGUUUUCUAAUACCAUGGUCACAUUUGCUCUACGGCGGCCGUACGCCGAGUCGAAAACAGCCGUUUCAACAUUUUUUGUACCAACUAGAUAAUUAUAGGUGGUUUGAAUUAAAAUUAAUAAAACGGCUGUUGUCGACUCGCCGUACGGCCGCCGUAGAGCAAAUGUGACCAAGGUAUAACAGUCAUUUUCUUGUGUGUUUUUUUUCUUAUUAAGUAAAUUUCAUCUCUGGAUAAGAAGUGAUCAGUGCAUUUAUCACUCGUUAUUAUUUGCUUUAAGCUACGAAAACUAAUUGGGAAAAUGGAAAUUUGCUCCAGAAUUGCUUUUAAUGGCCCAUUUUUGCUCAGCAACAUAUGGAAGGUUCAAACCAGAAUAAUUUAUUAUCAAAUAAGAUGCCAAAGAAGUCUUGUCAAAAAUUUGUAAACUGGGACAACUAUUUAAUCAUAGAUUCAGGGAGGAUGCAAAAUAUCAAGCAUGCUCUUUGCCUUGAAUAAGGGACAUAACUGUUCUCUCAGUUCGCCAAUUUUUGACAGAGUCCUACAUGUCCUUUGAAGGGCAUUGGAAAAUAAAGUCUUCUGUUCUUCUCUGGACAUCAAUGAGUGAAGGCUCCCAAAUAAAAGGAUACAAGAAAGUACCCUCUCCCAACAUCACCCCAUUUCAUCAAUACUUUUCAAACAAAGUUUUGGUGAACUGAGACAGCAAUUUCGUUAUACCACCCCCCCCCCCAAAAAAAAAAAGAAGCUAAACAAACCUCUAGAAUUUCUGAAUAUGUAUAUUUCAUGAGAUGGCUCUUUUUUAUUACUUUGGUUGAUAUGACUUUUUUACAUGAUUCAGCUUGUAAAUAAUGAAGCGUGUAUACAUGGCUACAACAUGAUGAAAAUACAUUAAUGCAUAUAAUACAUGUAUGAUCUGAUAUUAGGCAAGCAUCUUAUUACACAUUUUAUAUGAUCAAGGUGUUCAAUCUUUGCUCAUGUAUUAAAUAUUUUUGUACCUAAAAGCACAAUGUACAUGGUUACAACAUAUACCUUGAAAUAAUAAGGUGAUAUGCUGUUCACGUUUCUGUAUGUAAAUAUUGUAAUGUAUGCAUAAUGCUACUCUCUCAAUGUAUGUUACAAGUGAAUAUGUAAUCUAUAUAUGGCAUUGUUUACUGCCAUUUUCUUCAUGCUGGCAUAUUUUGAUUAAAUACAGAUUGUAUCUAAAAACACCAA